AUGGACUCUGUCGUGCUCGAUCCCCUCAACUCCCUGGAAACCCACCUCAACUCGCUCGUCACAUCUCUCACCCAAACCAACGCCUUCACCAAUGCACCGCAGAUAGCUAAAGAUCUCAUCUUGGACGACGACAACCUAACCGCCUCUCUCAACCUCCUCCAAAGACACCAACAGAACUAUGCUCGCAUUCUAAACCUUCGCUCCGAAGUCGCAGGCCUACAAGAGCAGCUCAGAGACACCAUCAAGCGCUGUGUCGCCUUGAGGCAAGAGAUCGGUCAGGUUCAUCCGUCAAUACUGAACACGCUGGACUCGGACGAGGAGGAAGAGGAAGACUAUGAUGAUGAUCAAGAUGCGAAAGUAGCAGAGGUUGAUUACCACACCUUAUUGGCCUUUGCGGCCCGUAUUGGAAAACAUAAUGCCGUAGCCGCAAGGGAGGCAGAAGCGGAGGCCGUAAAGAGGAAAGUGGCCGCAAAACGCAAGACGUCGGCGACGACCAACGGUGUCCCUGACUCGGCAGGCCCGGCGACCGGGAAUGAAAAUGGAAAUGGAAAUGCUACGGCGGAGACGGAAGCCGAGCUCGAACGCAUCCACAACACAAUCGCCCUCACUCGCGCUCAGCUGGGCAUGGCAUUUCCGGACGCCAACAUUCUGCGCGUCGGCGCUCUAGGGCAACUCCAGCUCUUCCAGGAGCGGCAGCAGCACACGUCUAGCGGAGAUGAAGAGGUUCAAGCUGCUGUCGAACGUGAAGUGGAAAGAUUGGUCCGGGCGAGCGAGGACAUUGCAGAAGCCGAGGUCGAGCGGACAGAGGAAGAGGAAAUAGGAGGAACAUGGCCAAGUCCGGGCAUGUCGAGAAUGUCGAUUGGCGACGAGGUCAAGCCGGCCGCGCCACAGGCAUCUGCAUCCCAGUCAUUGCACACGGGCGCGGCUGCUCCCGCCUCCGCUCAAGCGCCAAAGAGGAAGCUCGAUCUUGACUUCCCGAGCAGUGAUGACGAGGACGAGGGUUGA